UCAAGUCCUUUAAAGGGAUUUAGAUAUGGCUACUCCUGAAUAGCUAUUCUCUACCUUCCCAGGAAGAGAACUAUAUGGGGGAAAAUGAAAAAUGUAUUUAACUUGCAACUGGAAAGGCUUCACUUAGACAUUAAGGGAAAGUUUUUAAUAGUAAAUAAUAAUGCUUACUAAGCAUCUACUAUGCGCCAGAUUCUGUGGUAUGCCUCAUGAAGUAGAUACUAUUAUCAGCAUAGGUGAACUUGGUGUUGAAACCAACAAGUCCAAUGCUGUGCUCUUACUAUGCUCAAAACUAACUAACCUCUGUCCAAAAUUAACUAACAUUAGAGUGCCCCUCCCUCCCAAGAAAUGCCAUUGCCUUUCCAUCAGCAAUGAACUUCAAAAUAGAUGGAUAUUUAUUAGCCAAAUGAAAUUCACCAUCCUGACAGACUGGACCACAUCAGUCAGGAUUCUGAUUCUACUCAAAAACUGGUCUCUUUCUUACAGCUUUUCUUUUAGCAAAACAAUCUGGACCUCCUCUUACCUUCCUCCUUUUUUUAAAUGCCCAACAGAGUACUUUCAAAAAUUUUGUAAUAUUACAUAAAUAGCCUCUUGAGUAAUGAGGCUAUUAUACUCAGGGACAUAUGUCAUAAAGAAACAUCAUAUCAUCCAAUCCUCCCUUUUUAAUCUUUGGUGCUUUGUUUUAAUAAUUCAUGGAGACAUUAACCUUUCAGGUGGAUUUGAGAAUACUUUCUAUUUAAUACAAUUUUGUUUGUGUUCUGAAAACCAAGGACAUUGAAGUAGUUAUUUCCUGCUAAAUAGAGCAUUGUGGAUAUGCAUCUUUGUUUUCUCUGAAAACACAUCUUAACCUUAUAUGUCCUCAGGGCUCGGCACGUGGUCUUGCGAUAUUGUUCCCUCUGUAAAAGACAACGUGAUCUGCUCUGACAGGUGUGCCAUUAUAACCAUGUCCCAAUUUUCUUACCCCCCCUGGUUCCCUUCACACUAUCAUUUUGAUGAUACUCUUUUAGAUGAGUCUGUUGAGAAAGGGAGGAGUUAAUUUUUAUAUACAAAAUAGGACCUGAAAUGGCAAUGUUUUCACCAGAGAAAUUAAGUGUAUUAGUGGCAAAUCUGGUCCUCCAGCUCACUUUUUCUGAUUAUAGAAGUUAAGAGCAAAUGGUCUUUCUAUGUUUUAUCAGAGGCUUUUAAAAAAUCUUAAAAUAUUUUUUUAAUUGAAGUACCAUUGACUUACACCUUUGAACAUAUUUGGGAAGUAUAGGAUCAGCUCACAUUUUCUGAUUAUAGAAGUUAAGAGCAAAUGGUCUAUACUUUAUCAGAGGCUUUUAAAAAAUCUUAAAAUAUUUUUUUAAUUGAAGUACCAUUGACUUACAUCUUUGAACAUAUUUGGGAAGUAUAGGAUCUCCCUCUUCAGAUAUAGUCGCUGUAGCACACCCACUACCAAAGCACCACCGUCUUCUACCCAGCUGAGCAGAGGGUUUUCAACUGACAUUUUACCUCUUCUCUUCAGGGUUACCAGGAAGUGUCUGGAAAUAUUCUUGCCUUCUUCUGAACCUACAUCAUGAGUUGGAUGUUCCUCAGAGACCUCCUGAGUGGAGUAAAUCAGUAUUCCACUGGAAUUGGGCAGAUUUGGCUGGCUGUUGUGUUCGUCUUCCGCUUGCUGAUCUACAUGGUGGCAGCAGAGCAUGUGUGGAAAGAUGAGCAGAAGGAAUUUGAGUGCAAUACUAGACAGCCUGGGUGUGAAAAUGUCUGCUUCGACUACUUCCUUCCCAUCUCCCAAGUCAGACUUUGGGCAUUACAAUUGAUCAUGGUCUCCACACCCUCCCUUUUGGUGGUUCUACAUGUAGCCUAUCGCGAGGGCAGAGAGAAGAGACACAGAAAAAAACUCUAUGUCAGCACAGGUAAAAUGGAUGGGGGCCUGUGGUAUACUUACCUUCUCAGCCUCAUUGUUAAGACUGGCUUUGAAAUUGGCUUCCUGGUUUUAUUUUACAAGCUGUACAAUGGCUUCAGUGUUCCCUACCUUCUGAAGUGUGAUCUAAAGCCUUGUCCCAACACUGUGGACUGUUUCAUCUCCAAGCCCACUGAGAAAACAAUCUUCAUCUUCUUCUUGGUCAUUACCUCCUGCUUGUGCAUUGUGUUGAAUAUGAUUGAACUGAGCUUUUUGGUUCUCAAGUGCUUUAUUAAAUGCUGUGUCCAAAAAUACUCCAAAAAACUGAAGUCCUCAGGGUGUGAGUGUCACAACCUCAAAAUCACUCAAUGUGGUGAGACAGGGGUCCCUCCUCUACUGCAGAAUCAUCAUUCAGAUUCAGCCACAGGCAUUGGCCCGACAGGUGAGACAAAGCUAUUUUGUGACACACGAGUGGGUUAACAAAGAAAACCUGUAUUCCUCCUAAGAACUGAGUUGGGUUGGAAAACAGAAUGUCAGCAUUAAUGUCAUUUGAGAGGAAUUUUGAAAUUUUUUCAAUAUGUUCUCAGUUGCAUACACUUG